GCACGUCUGAGGCGGAUGUAAACACUGCACGGUGCACGGAGGGAAAGCAUGGCUCCUAAAGUGGAGCGGUUUGUGAGCCCAGGAAAAGGCAACGGGCUGCGAGCCACAGCCAGCAUCAGGAGAGGAGAGCUGGUGUACUCUGCAGACCCUCUGGCCGCAUGUGUGUCCCUCAAACAGAGCAAAAACACAUGUCAUCACUGCUUCUCCCGACAUGAGACCUUGUUGAGGUGCUCCCAGUGUAAAAUGGCUCGCUACUGCAAUAUCACCUGCCAGAAACAAGCUUGGCCUGUCCAUAAGAGCGAGUGCAAAUGUCUGAGGAGUAUCUUACCCAGAAUACCCACUGACUCAGUGCGCCUCGCAGCAAGAAUCAUCUUUGCCUUGUGUACCACUUCUAAGGGCAGUAGUGAGGAGCUCUACUCUCUUGAAGAACAUGAAUCGCAUCUCAGCUCCAUGUCUGAACAGAAGAAAGAAGGUUUGUCCCAACUGGCCUCCAUGUUACAACUUUACCUCCAACAGGAACUCCCCACACUGGAUCAAGCCUCAUCAUCUCUGCCCCCCUCUUGUCGGGACCCCCUGUGCCUUAUGGGAAAGGUGAUUUGCAAUUGUUUCACCAUCAGUGAUGGGGAGCUGCAGGAGAUUGGAGUGGGCCUGUAUCCAAGUUUAUCUUUAUUAAAUCAUGACUGUGGACCAAACUGCGUGAUGGUGUUUGAAGGAACCAAACUCCAUCUCAGAGCUGUUAAAGACAUCAAGUCCGGCGAUGAGCUCACUGUAAGUUAUAUCGAUUCAUUGGAGCUUGUGGAUGUUCGUCGGAAACAACUUGAAGAGCAGUACCAUUUCACCUGCACUUGUCACAGAUGCAACUCUAGAGACAAGGAUGUAAUCAUGUUGUCCGGUGAAGAAGCAGCAUGGCGUCUGUUUAAAGACGCUAUGCCCAGACUGGAUGGACUGAGGGCAGAGUCAAACUGGCAGGAGCUUUUGAAUCUGUGUAAACGUUCACUGUCCACAGCAGGUGACGACGUUCCCGAUGAAAACCUGUACAAACUCAAAAUGAUGGACGCAGCUGUAGACGCCUGUGUUCAGCUUGGACUGUGGGGAGAAGCGUUAGCAUUUGGGCUGAGGACACUUCCAGUUUAUAGAUUAUACUUUCCUGAUCCACAUCCAGUCCAUGGGGUGCAGUUGAUGAGAGUCGGGAAACUGCAGCAUUAUCUUGAACACGUCACUGAUGCUUUAGACACAUUCAGACAGGCUUUUGAAAUCCUGAAAGUGACACACGGAGACACUCAUCCUUUGACUUAUGAGCUUAAAAUGAAGAUGGAGGAAUGUCGCUGUGAAUUAAAUCAGUCACAAUAAAAACAAAAACAUUAUUUAGUAUUUCAAGCUUACUGAAUGCUAGAGGAACAUUUCUACUGCCGUUAUAUCAGCGCUGACAAUAUUUUAAUAAUAAAAAUGUUACACUUGGC